CGGCAACCAUCCACAGUGGUGGUCUGCUAUAAAGCAGGGCUGCUUUCCGUCUUUCCUCAAUAGAUAGUUUGAGGAAUUGGUCGGCUGUUAGUAUCUGUCAUAGAAGACGACUAUCGGACAAUGGAAAGCCACAAAGACACAGCGAUUCUGGUGCUGACGGCGGUUUUGGUACUUGUUUUUGCGCAGACGAUAUUUGCCAUGCCAAUAGAGGAAGAAGAAUACAGCCCCGAAUAUAAGUCAUGUCUGCUCGAGUGUCUAACGUGCGUCGAAAUGUGGGGAGACGUUUACAACGGUCAGGCGUGCGCCGACAAAUGUCUGAUAACAGACGGGACUAGCAUUGACCAUGAAUGCAGGCUCGGUGUCAAAAUUGGCAAACGCUAUUUAGGCCUCAAAGCUACAAAUGACUGCAUUGAUCAAUGCAAACUCUGUUCAACGACAUCAUCUUCGUCUGUCCAUUACAAUGAUCGCGCAUGCGUGGCCGCGUGCGAAUUGUCAUCUGGACUCAAUUUCGACAAAAAAUGUGAACACCAUUUGAAUAUGUAUACUCUAGGCUAAAAAAACUUGAUUUGUUUUAAUAUACAUAUUAUAUAUCAUUGCAUAAAACAUCUAUCUGUGAUCUAUAUUAUAAUUGUAUAUAUUUCUGCAUGAAAAAAUUUCGUAUACUAGUAAUUGUCAUAGAUGUAUUUCAAACAAAACAUUAUCUUUGUCAUUCUGUACUUAAGUACAUCAGAAACAAUGAAAACAGCAUACUAUUAACAGUCGUUUAACUAUUUAAAGCCACUUUGGGCCAAGUUGUCUAGAGUUAUAUUUUGAACAGUGCAAUUGUUUGUAGUUUCAUUCUAUUAUAGAAACUAUCACUAAAAUAUAUCAAACGUUUUCCAAACAGUUACAGUUAUCAUUCUACAAGCAUUUAAUGUUUUGACAGUGUUGAUAAGUUUAUCAUUCAGUCAGGUUUCUGAAUCCUUAUUUUAACGGUUUGUUAAUGAGUGGAAAGUUCUUCGUUUGCAAAUGUUUUCUUGGUUCUUUAAUAAAAUAAAGCGCUAUAUCUCUUAA